AUGGGGCCCUGCAGCAACCCCGGCCUGGGGCUCCCUAAGGGGGAUUCGCCCUCCCAGCCCCCCAAGAGGAGGAAGAAGAGAUACCUGCGGCAUGACAAGCCUCCCUACACCUACUUGGCCAUGAUCGCCCUUGUGAUCCAGGCUGCACCCUCCCGCAGGCUGAAGCUGGCCCAGAUCAUCCGUCAGGUCCAGGCCGCGUUCCCCUUCUUCAGGGAUGAUUACGAAGGCUGGAAAGACUCCAUCCGCCACAACCUCUCCUCCAACCGGUGCUUCCGCAAGGUGCCCAAGGAUCCCGCGAAGCCUCAGGCCAAGGGCAACUUCUGGGCGGUCGACGUGAGCCUGAUCCCGGCCGAGGCGCUGCGGUUGCAGAACACGGCCCUGUGCCGGCGCUGGCAGAGCAGGGGCGCGAGGGGAGCCUUCGCCAAGGACCUCGGCCCCUACGUGCUGCACGGCCGGCCCUACCAGCCGCCCAGUCCCCAGUUGCCGCCCUGCGAGGGCUUCAGCAUCAAGUCUCUGCUAGGGGACUCCGGGGAGGGGACACCGCGGAGCAGCCCCAGAAGGUCAGGCUCAGAGCGCUCAGGGGAGGGAGAGGUGCCUGCUGCACUCCCGCCCUGUGAGAAGCCUCUGUGGCCCGUCUGCCCCCUCCCAAGGCCCAUCAGGGCAGAGGGGAAGACUUCCCAGGGGGAAAACAGAAAGCCCUCCGUCCUGUCCCCUGAGCCCAGGGCCUGGCCUCUCCACUUAGUGCAGGGCACCCCAGACCCCGGGGUUCUCUCUGGUGGAGGUCACAGGGCCUCGCUGUGGGGACAGCUGCCCACCUCCUACUUGCCCAUUUACACUCCCAACGUAGUGAUGCCUUUGGCCCCACUGCCACCCACCUCCUGCCCCCGGUGCCCUCCCUCCACCAGCACAGGCUAUUGGGGGGUAGCUCCGGAAACCCAUGGCCCCACAAGGCUGCUCUGGGAUUUAGAUGCUCUCUUCCAGGGGGUGCCACCCAACAAAAGCAUCUAUGACGUGUGGGUUAGCCACCCCCGAGACCUGGCUACCCCCAGCCCAGGCUGGCUGCUCUCCUGGUACGGCCUGUGA